CACUAUCCCAUCUUCCUUAAAUGGUUCGAAAUUAUACUCAGAAAGAAUCAUGCAUGAUGAUAUCUUGAGCCACUAAUUAACACCCAAACAAAACCCAUAUCUUCAACAUGUUUUCAUUUUUAGCGUACGUGUUUAUGUUGCUACUGUUACAGGAGGGUAUUUCAUCUAUCAUGGUCUUGAAUCUUGAUUAUUUAGAAUCUCAUAAGAGUAUAGUAAGUUUCAUAUGGGUUUCUUUCCACAUGAGAAACAUCAAAUUCAAGAAGAUAUGGGGAUAAGGUAUACCAUGGAUCUAAAGAGAGUGGUAUGGGUAGCUAACCAUGGUAAUCGGGUGUUGGAUUCCACUGGAGUUCUUGUUUCAGAAAAUGCAUUGGCCCAACCACUUCUAAACACUUCUCAACCCUAACAAAAAAAAGGAACGAUACACAAAAAAUUCAUACAGCGCCGCUCCAUCCUUCUUCCAUCGCUGUUUAUGAUCGUAGAUGAUUAGUCACAACCGUAGUUGCAGCCUCACACCGCCACCUCAUCGACCUCAACCCUUCGUCGUCGCCUUCCUCGACUCUGGUUUCUCGUCGCACCGUUGCAGCUCUCAUGAAUCACUAGCAUCGGCAGUGGUUUGCAUCUUGAAUCAUCAAAAGUGGAAGCAAAUGGUGUUUGCUUCAACAACCAAAUUGGUGGAACUCAAGACGUGCUGGUAGAAUCAAGAUAGCUGCAGGGCCUUCCCGUUUUUUUUUUCUUUUUAGAGUAGGAAUAUGUUGAUAUAGAAGAAGUUUUGGUAAUUUGAUGUUGUUGUUUCCAUGGUUUUUAUUUACAUACAUGUUUAUAUAACGGAAACGGUGUCAUGGUUUUCCUUUUAAUUUGAAAUUGUGUACGUAGAAAUAAAUAGG